GAUGCAUCGCGCGGAAUUUGCCAAGAAGUUCCUCCUCAUGCAACGCUGUAUCCACUUCUUUAAACUUAUACAAGGAGCUCCAUCAUCAUCCACAAUCCAUCUACAAUUACUUAUACUUUACAUUCAAAAUGAUUUCUUCUAUCGCAUCAUCGGGAGUCCUCUCCUCACCUUCCUCCUCCAAUUCCUCUUCUUUAACCUCUCAAAUUAGUUACGAUGUAUUCUUGAGCUUUCGAGGUGAAGAUACCUGCAAUAAUUUUAUUGUUCAUCUCUACAAAGAUUUGCAUCAAAAUGGAAUCAAUACUUAUAUGGAUAACGAGGAGCUGAGAAGAGGUGAAAAAAUUUCACCUGCACUUGAGAAGGCCAUUGAAGAGUCAAAGAUUUCAAUCAUUAUAUUUUCUGAAAACUAUGCAUCAUCUACAUGGUGUUUGGAUGAGCUAAUGAAGAUCUUAGAGUGUAAAGAAUCAAAGCAACAUAAAGUUUUACCUGUAUUUUACAAAGUUGAGCCAUCGACAGUACGACACCAAAACAGUAGUUUUAAAGAAGCGUUGGCUAAACAUGAAGAAAAAUUCAAGGAUGAUGCUAAAGUUCAGAGGUGGAAGACUGCCUUAAAACAAGCUGCCGAUCUAUCCGGUUUGCAUUUAAAGAUCAACGAGAACGAAUCUGAAUUUAUCCAGAAGAUUGUUCAAGAGGUCUCAAAAGUAGUACUAAAUCGUACAUAUUUGCAUGUUGCCGAGUAUCCAGUGGGAAUAAACUCUCCUGUAGAAGAUAUUAAUAUGCUAUUAUGUAUUAAGGAGAAUGACAAACGCAUGAUAGGGAUUUUCGGUAUUGGUGGAAUUGGUAAAACAACUAUUGCAAAAGAGAUAUAUAACCGCAUUACUGAUCAGUUUGAAGGCAGCUGUUUUCUUGCAAAUGUUAGAGAAUCUUCAAAACAAGAUCAAGGUGGUCUCGUGAAGUUGCAACAGACAAUUCUUUAUGAAAUUCUUAAAGAUUCAAGUUGGAAAGUUGGUAAUGUUGAUCGAGGAAUCAAUUUGAUAAAGAAGAGACUUUGCUGUAAAAAAAUUCUUUUGAUUCUUGAUGAUGUUGAUCAUUUGGAACAAUUAGAAAAAUUAUGUGGAAGAUGCGAUUGGUUUGGUUCUGGGAGUCGAAUCAUCAUAACAACAAGGGAUGAGGGUUUACUAACUAAGCAUCAUGUUCAUUUCAAAUAUCGUCUGAAGGAAAUGGAUCACCAUGAAGCUCUUCAGCUCUUUAGUCGGCAUGCUUUCAAAAGUCACAAACCUGAUGACGCUUUUGCGGAUGUCAUAAAACUUGCACUAAAGUAUGCUGGCAGCCUUCCACUCGCUUUAAAAGUGAUAGGCUCAAAUCUUUAUGGAGAAGAUAUACAUUAUUGGAAAAGCGAAUUGAAAAAGUACAAAAGAAUUCCAGAAGAAAAUAUUCACGAAAAACUCAAAAUAAGUUACGAUGGAUUAGAUUAUCAUACAAAAAAGAUUUUCCUUGACAUUGCAUGUUUCUUCAAAGGAGACGAGAGAGAAUAUGUCACUAAAAUACUAGACAGUUGUGGUUUCUUUGCCUAUGCCGGUAUCAAAAAGCUCAAUGAUAAAUGUCUUAUAAUGAUUGAUCAACAUAAUGAUGACCAAUACUUGUUGUGGAUGCAUGACUUACUAGAAGAUAUGGGUAAAGAAAUUGUUCGACAAGAAUCACCCGAAGAACCUGGCAAGCGCAGCAGAUUAUAUUUUCAUGAAGACGUUCGUGAAGUAUUUGAAAAAAAUAAGGGAACAGAGAAAAUUGAAGGCAUAUUGAUAGAUCUGCCUCAGGAGGACUGCAAGACACAAUUCAGUACUAAGGCGUUUGCAAAAUUGAAAAACCUCAGAAUAUUUAUAAAUUGUAAUGCAAGUUUUCGUGGCAAAUUGAAGUAUCUCUCUAAUGAGUUAAGAGUUCUCGUUUGGCCUCUAUGCCCUUUGGAGAUUUUGCCAUCUUAUUUUCAUGGAGGGAAACUCAUUGUUUUAAAUAUUAGAAGAAGCAAUAUCAGAGAUUUAGGCACGGGAUUGCAAUCUAAGAACUUAACAAGUAUUGAUUGCAGUGGAUCUAAAUACUUGACAAAAAUAUCGGAUCUUUCAAGUUGCUCAAAUUUAAAGAAGUUGAUUCUUGAUGAAUGUAAAAAUUUAGUUGAGGUUCAUGAUUCUGUUGGAUUUUUGGAUAAGCUUGUUGAAUUGAAAUUUGAACAAUGUUCCAGCCUAAAGAAUUUGCCAAGAAGCUUCAAGUUGAGAUCUCUAAAAUUACUUGAACUUGGAGGUUGUACAAGCCUUGAAAACUUUCCAGAAAUUGAGUGUGAAAUGGAACAUUUGAAAUAUGUCAUGUUAGAAAGCACCGUAAUACAGGAGCUACCUUCAUCCAUUACAUACUUGGCUGGGCUCGAGGAGUUAUUAAUGUAUGGGUGCAAAAACCUUGUGCAUCUUCCAAUAAACAUUUUUCAGUUUGAACAUCUAGAGAAAGUUUACCUCCUUUAUUGUCCAAAUUUUUUAAAUUUUGGAAAGGAGGUGGGGCAUAAUGGACAAUCCAUGCUAUGUACACAGGAAAAUGAAAUUUCAUCAAGUAUGAAAUUGUUCCCAUUGCCGCCUUCCGAAUCAAAUUUCAGUUUGACGACUUUAAAUCUAUCUAGUAGUGGUAUUGUUAGCCUUCCUCCAUGCAUCGAAAGAUUUGUUGGAUUGGCGAGACUUUCUUUAAGAGACUGCAAGCAACUUGAAAAAAUUCUACACCUUCCACCAAAUAUAGAAGAGGUAGAUGCUACAGGAUGCGGGUUAUUGGAACGCUUUCAUAAUGUAUCGACAGAAUCUUCAUUCGGUAUACCAAACUUAAAAUGGCUAACAUCGAUUAACUUAUCUGAGUGUAAUAAAAUGCAUGUGAAUGUAGGGAAUCAUGCACCAGAUCCAUUAUGGGUUCAGGAAUGCUUUCAGAUGAAAGAUUCAAGUAGGAUUAUAUAUCCAGGAAGUAGGAUUCCAGAGUGGUUCAAGUAUUGCAAGGAGACUACUUCAUAUAGUAAUUCUAUUGAAAUAGAAAUUGAUCAUACUGCAUCCAUGUGUUUUGGGCAUCAAAUGGUAGCAUUAGUUUUGUGUUUUGUUGUGGGACCUCUUCCGCUGGGAUAUGAAACUAUUACUAUCUCAAUAAACAGCCAGUUGAUGGUGUGGGACCCAUAUUGUGAUUUGUUGUGGCCUUCAAUGGACCCACAUCGUGUAUGUCUAAAAUACAUAGCUGGAAAUUCAAUUGAUGAGAUGAUGUUGAGAAGUUACAGGAAGGGGAACAAUAUGAGGUUUAUAUUUGGAAGUGGGUCAAAGGAAGCAAUCUUAAAAAGUGUUGGAGUCCAUCUAAUAUACAGGAAUGACAAUUUCAUUAAUCCUAUUCAACUUUCAAAGAGAUAUCGAGAUGGGGGUGAGCAUGACUUGGAAUCCACAACAAAAGUGGCAAUCUUCAACCACGAGAAUUAGGGAAUUCAAGGAUGCUAAUGAUGAUUUCAUUAAUGAAGAUUUACAUCUACUUGGGAAUUGAAGUUCGGAAAGGAAUCAAAGUUGCGGAAGGAAUCAAAGUUGGGAAAGACCUAUAACCAUAACAGACUUUAAUGGUAACAAACUUGUAGCUACUUUUACAUUUUGAGAGCAGUGUAAAUUUUAUUUUUCUUUAAUUUCAUUUUAAAUAUUGUUUUGAUAUUUACUUACGUUCAUAUUUUAGAAUUUAUUUUCAUGAAUAUGCCUAACUAAAUUUUCAACUAAGGUUAAGGAUGAAACCUCGUUAAAGAUUAGUAAUAUUAUUGAUGAGAUUGACUUUUCUAAAUUGUUGAUGUU